AUGGGGUGGAUUUUCCUGACUGCCCUGAAGGCUAAAAUGGAUUGUGCCCUGCAUGAUGCUGUGCAAGUGUGUGAACUGCGCAGAUGGGAGGAAGAGUUAGAACCAAGUAUACAUAUGCUGGAACAAGAGAUUAGUGUUCUUGUUGCCAAACCCAGUGCCUUUGACAGUGAGGUGAUAAGGGACGGUGAUGAUGAACAUGAUGAGACCAUAGGUCUGCACUUAUCAAGGCCCAUCAUGCAGCAGAAGGUGAAACAAGAAGAGCCUAUGGCCUGGGAGGGCAUCCUCUAA